AUGCCGCCGACUCCAGUGAUAAUCGACUGCGACCCAGGCCACGACGACGUCUUUGCCCUCUGGCUGGCGAUCGGCAACCCGGCGCUGGACGUGCGCGCCGUCACCACGGUCGCGGGCAACGGGAGCCUGGAGCACACGACACUCAAUGCGCGGAUCGCGCUGUCCGUCGCUGGCGUACACGGCAUCCCUGUCUCUGCUGGGGCUAGCCACCCCCUGUCACGCAAGGCGCACGCCGCAGUCGACAUCCACGGCGAGAACGCGCUCGGCGGGCCAGCGAGGCUGCCGACGCCCACCGUCCCGCUCGACCCGCGCGACGCGAUCACCUUGAUCGCCGACACGCUGCUCGCGUCCCCGGAGCCCGUGACCCUCAUCCCCACUGGACCUUUGACCAACAUCGCCGCGCUGAUCACCCAGCGCCCCGACGUGAUCCCGCGCAUCCGCGAGAUCAUCUGGAUGGGCGGCGCUGUCGACAGGGGCAACGUCACCCCGUACGCCGAGUUCAACGCCUGGGCCGACCCCGAGGCCGCGGACAUUGUGUUCCGCGCGGCGCAGCGCAAAGACGCUGGGGGGCACGGGGUCAGGCUCACCAUGGUCGGGCUCAACAUCACGCACCAGGCGCUCGUGACCGACGAGGUGAUUGCGCGCGUCGAGGCCGUGGGCAACAACACCGCCGCGUUCGGCGUACAGCUGCUCAAGUUCUUCUGCAAGACGUACGCCGAGGUGCAGGGCAUGCCGGCCGCGCCGCUUCACGACCCCGUCACGGUCGCCAUCGCGAUCGACCGCGCCGUGGCGACCGUGCAGCGCACGCAUGUUGUCGUCGAGACGAAGGGCGAGUACACGGCCGGCGCGACGAAUGUGUACCUCCUCGACCAGGUCAAGGGGCGCGACUUGAACGUCGAAGUCGCGAUGCAGCUCGACGUGAAGCGUUUCUUCGACCUCAUCGUCGAGGCGAUCGGCCGGUUGGCAUAG